CUUCAGUUUGGCAUUGAGGAUAAAGGAGGCUGAGAAAAUGUCUUUCAGACACAGGGUAAUAACUGCUAAUGUCUCAUCUCUGGACAUGGAGCUCCGCUUUUCCAAGAGUGAAUCUUCCUGCAGUCUCCAUGGAAAGAAGCUUCUAUUCUUCUGUGAGCACGACCAGGAGCUCCUCUGUGCUCUUUGUCAGACUUCAACAAAACAUAGAAAUCACCAGCUCUGUCCUCUUCAAGAAGCUGUUCAAGAUAAGAAGUAUAUUUUAUCUCAGGAGGAUCUCAGAGCUUCACUGAUUCCAUUAAAGGAAAAGCUGGAGAAGUUUACAAAAGUUAAACAAGAGUUUGAGAAAACAGCCAAACAUAUCAAGAGUCAGUCCCAACAAACUAAGAAGAGGAUAAAGGAGGAAUUUGAGGAACUCCAUCAGUUCUUGAGAGAGGAAGAGGGGGCCAGAUUGGCUGUACUGAGAGAGGAAGAGGUGCAGAAGUGUGAGCAGAUGAAGCAGAAGAUUGAACACAUCUCCAAACGUGUCUCCACUCUGUCAGAGAAGAUCAGAUAUAUUGAGAAGGUCAUGAAUGCUGAGGACAUCUCCUUCUUGAAGGUGACCAUGAAGGAUCCGAAAAAAAAAUCGCAGUGCUCACUGCAGGACCUAGAGCUGCCUUCAGGGUCGCUGAUAGAUGUGGCCAGACACCUGGGCUCUUUGAGGUUUAGAGUCUGGGAGAAGAUGCUGGGGAUUGUGCAGUACACUCCUGUGACUCUGGACCCAAACACUGCAGCCCCCUGGCUCUCUGUGUCUGAUGAUCUGACCAGCGUGAGAAACACUGGAGUGAAACAGCAACUUCCUGACAGUCCAGAGAGAUUCUACCCCUGUGUAGAUGUACUGGGCUCUGAGGGGUUUAACUCAGGAAAACACAGCUGGGAGGUGGAGGUGGGGGACAAACCUGAGUGGGAUCUAGGAGUAGCAAAAGGAUCUGUUAACAGGAAGGGGGGGAUUAUAUGCAAACCAGAAGAGGGAUUCUGGGUACUAUUUCUGAGGAAUGGUGAUGUGCAUAAAGCAUGCGACUCACAAUCAAAAAGACUCAGACUAGAGAGGAAACCGCAGAGGAUCAGAGUGCAGCUGGACUAUGACUGUGGGGAGGUGUCCUUCUUCAACCCCGCUGACAUGUCACUCAUCUACACCUUUAAAGACACAUUCACUGGGACCCUGUUUCCAUAUUUCUCUCCAUGUGUAAAUAAUAAUGGAAGCAACCCUGGAGCCCUGAAGAUCUGCCCAGUAAAGGUGUCUGUGACAGUGAUGUCAUCCCAGUAAAGGUCUGAACCAGUCGUCACAUCCGAGUGAAGGUGCCACUUCUUAAUAUGCACCUGUACAUACUAGGGCUGUAACAGUACACAUAUUCAUUGCGCGCUGUUCCAUUACACCGUUUUCGGUUAAGAAUGCACAAUGAAAUGACUCAAUACAUUUCUUGACGUGGAUGGAAUUCACAAGCAGAUGUUCAACACUGAAAACAUCAUGCUAAUAGAGGCUGUGAUUUGGUAAUGGCUAGUGCUGGUUAGUCAGUCAUAGCAGUGAAGCGAGACCCUCUCACAUCACUUAAAUCGGUGGUUUUACAGCAUUAGGCAGUGGUAGCCUCAUGAUUAGGGAAACAUGCUUGUGUGUGGAAGGUUGCUGGUUUGAAUCCCCAGCCAGCAAGGUACUGCUAUACCAUGAGCAAGGUAAUGCCCCUGGGUGCUAAAUAAUAGCUGCCCACUGCUAUGUCACAUAUUGUUAAAUGCAGAGGACACAUCUUGUUGUUGUGCAACAAUGGCAAUUAAUCACUAAAAAAAAGCCAAAUUACACCAACACUGAAGAGACAGCAGUUAACAAGGCUAACACUGUAUGUUGGCUGUUAUACUGAAGUCAGAUAUGUUGCUGGAAACACACCCAAUAUGUUAAAUCAUUUAAGAUGACAUCAUACAAGUAUGUGUACAACUGGAGUAAGGCUGAAACAGCCUCUGCAAAUUAACAUUCCUCUAGCAUUUUAAGGUACUUUUGCCAGGAAAUUCAGAGCAGACAAGAAAUAACUAAGACUAUAAGGGUGUUCAUUGCUACAGAUAUAUGACCACGCUUAGUAGUAGAGCUAACUCAAAAAGUAUUUGAUAGAUCCUACCACUUUACAGAAAACCUAUUUAAAUUACAGACUGAUCAAACCAAAAUUGACGCAGCAGUGCCAGUUAGCAGUGAAAGAAGGAAAGGGCAGCUGCAGAAAAUAUUUUAUCGUACCUUGAGAUUCUGGGCCCCCAGAUAAAAAUGUAAACUUUGGGCCCCCGCUCGCCAAAUUUUAUGUACAAUUUUAUGCAGGAUGCAUUGCUGUAGGAUGCGACUGAAUAAAUGUCAGGAAAAUCAUACUAGGGCAGUAGGUGUGCCCCAAAAGACUGAAUGCUGUAAUUAAAUCAAAAGAUGCUAAAGUAUUAGUUUAAGGGUGUGCACACUUGUGCGUUUUUUUAUAUUUUUCCUCCUACUGUAGCAGAUUUGCUUGUUUUUCAGUUAAACUAUACAGGUCAUAGAUAAGUUUUGAAAUGAUUUAUCGUGGUCUCAUGUUUUUACCUGGCAUUUUAACAGGGGUGUGUCACUUUUUAUAUCCACUGUAGUUGCUUCUAUUUAUUUUCUUAUGUGUAGAACAAUAAAUUUUGUCUUAGCACUAUAAUAAGAAGCCAAAUGUCACGCCAAACGCAAUUAUGUUUUAUUCCAAUGCACCGGACCCAUUAUUCUUUUAAUCAGAAAAUGAUCUUGAAAGGUUUUAUCAUUUAGAUUGCAACAUCCUGGCCAAAAAAAGUUCCUGAUACAUUGAAGACGCUCACAAAAGGUGCAGAAAAAGCUGGAAUAGGUAUUUGCAGUAUUGCAGUUGUGCUAGCUCAGGAAAGCUGGUUUGGUUCCUGUCCAGUACGCUGAAAGGCUGGCAUCCU